UGGACUGCGCAGCUUACGCGACACUUUAGUACGUGACGAGAGGUCUUAAAUGUUCAUUCGACCGAUCUGUCAGAAUCGAGAAUCUCGUUGAUCGUAGUUCGAAGUAUUUUUUUCUAUUUCAGAGGGCUCAGUGAUAUUUCAGUGCCAAUUGGAUUUUGUGAUCUGUUGAGCAAUCGCCAGAAACAGCACCGACUGUGAACCAAUGGGGAAGGAUUACUACAAAAUAUUAGGCAUACAAAAAAAUGCCACCGACGAUGUGAUUAAAAAAGCCUAUAGGAAACUGGCUUUGAAGUAUCAUCCUGAUAAGAACAGAAGCCCUGGUGCAGAAGAGAAGUUCAAGGAAAUAGCCGAGGCCUAUGAAGUACUAUCUGAUGCCAAGAAGAGAGACGUUUAUGACAGAUUUGGCGAAGAAGGAUUGAAGGGAGAUGCUGGACCAGCAGACGGAGGUGGAGGUGGAACGUCGUACACUUUCCAUGGAGAUCCAAAGGCAACCUUUGCUCAGUUCUUUGGUUCUGCGAGUCCCUUCCAAACCUUCUUUGAGUUUGGAGGUCCAAUUGGGAAUAGAGUAUUCAGUUUCCAUGACGAUGAUAUGGACAUAGAUGAUCCGCUUAGUGGCCUGGGAGGUGUACCACCGCGUCCAGGUGGCCAGGGAGGAGCCUUCAGAUCACAUUCGUUCAAUUUUGUUGGACCUGCAUCCGGUAGAGGUGGAGCUAAGGACCGUGCACAAGACCCUGCUAUAGAACAUGAUUUAUGUAUCACCUUAGAAGAAAUUCUACGUGGUUGCACAAAGAGAAUGAAGAUCUCUAGGAGGGUUAUACAACACGAUGGAACUGCUAAGAAGGAAGAUAAGGUUCUAACGAUUAAUGUUAAACCAGGAUGGAAGGCUGGCACAAAAAUCACUUUCCAGAGAGAAGGUGACCAGGGUCGUGGAAAAGUUCCAGCAGAUAUUGUAUUCAUCAUCAGGGAUAAGCCACAUCCAUUGUUCAGAAGAGAAGGCAGCGAUAUAAGAUACACCUGUAAGAUGAGCUUAAAACAGGCUUUAUGCGGUGCUGUCAUCGAAGUUCCUACGCUUACCGGCGAGACAAUCACUUUAAAUCUGACGAGAGAAAUUGUCAAACCAAAUUCGGUUAAGAGGAUUCAAGGUCAUGGCCUACCAUUCCCUAAAGAACCAUCAAAGAAAGGUGAUCUUCUGGUUUCGUUCGACAUCAAAUUCCCCGACACGUUAUCGCAAAGUGCUAAGGACAUACUUUACGAUACUCUACCAAAUUGAACACGGAAAUCGAAUGAAAAAAAGUAUAUGGAUAAUUGUCAUCACAACGACAGUCCUCUAAUCGUCCCGAUUGACGAGAGUAAACACUCGUGUACGUUCUAGUACAUAAUAACGUGGGUUAGAGAGCUGUGAAAGAUAUUUGUUGAGGCAAGGCAAAUAGUUUUAUCUCGUAGCUAGGAAAAAAAUGUGAUUUUCACGUUAGCCAGAUGUAAAAAAACAAAAGGAAAUCAGUUUUUUGAUUUUGAUUUAGGCAAGCUUGUUUUCGUUAGAAUUUUGAACGAAAAGAAAUAAAAAAAAAAGGACAAAAGUUACAUUCUUAGCAGAAUGGGGAAUGUACUUUGCCUCUUCACACGAGAUAAAAGAUCCUAAAUACUGACUAAGAUUAAUUAUAUUACAUUAAGUUAUGCGAUUUAACGAUGAGAAUCUGUUGCAACGCAACUCUGUAUGAAUGAAGUUUAAUUUUGUUCAUUAUGUACAUUCAGAGUAUGUAGUCUGUAUAGAUCUUGAGCGAAAGGAGGUGAAUGUUAAAAAGUGUAUGAGUGAUAUGUAAUGUGUUAUAGUGUAAAUGGUAUGGAAUACAUGUAAAGUAGGAGUGCUAGUUUCUGCAGAAAUAUGACAAAUUCAGUUCAAAUCAUUGUAUAUUAUUUCCACAUUCUUCAUGCACCGACACUUCAUUCAUCUUGUUUACAUCAAAAUAUAAAUGUAUUGUAACAAACUAAAUGAUUACCAUUGAAACAUUCUAAAAGAAAAAAUGUUAAAAAAGAAUUAGCGUACCUUUUUCAUGUUCACAAUGAUUAGUGGAACACUUUGUCAUAUGAAAGCAAUCGUGUGUCUCAAGAAGUAACUAUUUGUAAUAUCGAGCUGAUCGUUUUUCUUAUGUCGUGCGUCUUCUUAAUUUUAAUGGUUGGUUAAUUAUUUGUACGUUAAAAAUAAUAUCGAUACAAUUAAGUUACACGUGUUCUGUAUUUUUUAUUCGAUCCUUUUUGUCUCUUGACUCGCUCCUACGCUGGAUAUAACAUCGGGACACUCCUAAAAUAGACACCGAAGUAGGUGACGUCAUCGUCCUAUCUCCCGAGAUACUUUCACACACAACUGCAUGGUGAAACUGUAGAACUCUGUGCAAAUACGUGCACGUAUAUUUAUACAUACAGAGGGACACGUUACCCCCUUGCUUUUAUAUAUAUUCUACAGAUAAAUGAUUGAUUUGCAGUUGUCCGGUAUAUCGGCAUAAUUCUAUUCACACUGUAAUACACCAAGGAAGAUGAGGGUUAGAUAAUAAUAACUCGGAUAG